AACUCGAUAGUUCUGUUCUUUUUCCGUUGGAGAUGAUGUGGAAACACGCUAGUUUUGUUCUUUUUUGCCUUCUCUGACGUGGUUGUGGAUAUUUUCACAGUUUCAAGUCAAAACGUGUCGCUGUUUCUACGGGACAAGUCUGCGGUUGUUCUCCUCGGGCUUGUGGAAGUUUGUGUUUACUCAGUUUUACAUAAGUUUUACUCUUUUUUUACAGUUUACAGUUGGUAAUACUCGGACAGAGCGUUUCCUUCCGUGCUGUUGUGUUAAAACAUGCCCAUUAGACGUUUUGGGGGCCACAGGUGUUUGGUGUCUCACUCUCCUAAACUGUCUUAUGGUUACACCAAGAUGAACAUCUCAAAGAGCGGCUACCGCGUGUUCUCCGCCAACUCCAGCCCCGCGUGCGCCCAACUGGCCAAGAAGAUCACAGAGCGUUUGGGCGUGGAGCUGGGGAAGUCGGUCGUGUACCAGGAGGCAAACAGAGAGACCAGAGUCGAUGUGAAAGAGUCCGUCCGCGGUCAAGACAUUUUCAUCAUUCAGACCAUUCCACGGGACGUAAACACGGCCAUCAUGGAGCUGCUCAUCAUGGCGUACGCCCUGAAAACCUCCUGCGCCAAGAACAUUAUCGGCGUGAUCCCGUAUUUCCCGUACAGCAAACAGUGCAAAAUGAGAAAGAGGGGGUCCAUCGUGUGUAAACUGCUGGCGUCCAUGUUGGCGAAAGCCGGUCUGACUCAUAUCAUCACCAUGGACCUGCAUCAGAAGGAAGUCCAGGGCUUCUUCAGUUUCCCCGUGGACAACCUGAGGGCUUCACCGUUUCUCAUUCAGUACAUCCAGGAAGAGAUCCCUGAUUAUAGGAACGCGACCAUUGUUGCCAAGUCUCCUUCCUCUGCCAAAAGAGCUCAGUCGUACGCCGAGCGGUUGAGACUGGGUUUGGCGGUGAUGCACGGCGAGGCCCAUCACUCGGAGCUGGACAUGGCCGACGGGCGCCAGUCCCCGCCCCUGUCCCGCACCAGCACGGGGCACACGGGCCUCGAGCUCCCGGGCGGCAGACACCAGGUCCCUUUCCCUGGGAUAGAGCUCCCAAUCAUGAUGGCGAAAGAGAAGCCGCCCAUCACUGUCGUUGGAGACGUCGGAGGCAGGAUCGCCAUUAUUAUUGACGACAUUAUUGACGACGUUGAGGACUUCGUAGCCGCGGCUGAGAUCCUUAAGGAGAGAGGCGCCUAUAAGAUCUACAUCAUGGCGACACACGGGCUGCUGUCUGCGGAGGCGCCCAGACUGAUCGAGGAGUCGGCCAUAGACGAGGUCGUGGUCACAAACACCGUCCCUCACGAGAUCCAGAAACUGCAGUGUCCCAAGAUCAAAACGGUGGACGUGAGCAUGAUCCUGGCAGAGGCCAUUCGCCGCAUCCACAACGGAGAGUCCAUGGCCUAUCUGUUCCGGAACAUCGCCGUGGACGACUGAGGCGACGGCGGCGGCGCUCGAACAUUCCCCCCCGUUUACACCGAACGCGACCAAAGACGGACGAGGACCAGCCGCACAGCUCCAGAGCGUUUAUCUGAACAAAGAACUGCACAGUGAGAAAGUGCGGGGUUAAAGUGCAGGGGUUAAAGUGCGGGGUUAAAGUGCGGGGUUAAAGUGCGGGGUUAAAGUGCGGGGUUAAAGUGCGGGGUUAAAGUGCGGGGUUAAAGUGCGGGGUUAAAGUGCGGGGUUAAAGUGCGGGGUUAAAGUGCGGGGUUAAAGUGCGGGGGUUAAAGUGCAGAGUUAAAAUGCGGGGUCAAAGUGCGGGGAUCAAAGUGCGGGGGUUAAAGUGCAGGGGUCAAAGUGCGGCCGUUUGCUCCUUUAUAUAAAGUGACUUCAGUCUUGCUAAACAGUUCACACUACGCUGCGUUUGUUCAUUUCAUAAGUGUCGCUCGCUGUGGCGCUCAGGUCAAUAUUCGUAAUAAAUUAACACAAAACUGUUCAA